AUGGCUUCCAAACUCUUCAAGGGAAUGGCCCUUGCAGGCCUCCUCUCCACCGCCGCCGCUUGUUCGACCGAAUCAGACGUGACGGUCACCUUCUAUGGAUAUCCUGACAACGAUCCCCCCAGUGCAGACAUCGCCUAUGACUGUGGCCGUGGAUACACUGCUGGCGGCACCGGUACCUACAGCGAUCCACUGACCUUCGCUUCCGCGUCCGGCGAGUUCGAGCAGUGCGAGAUCAUCUAUCUCCCCUACCUGAAGAAGUACCUUCGGUACGAGGAUGAAUGCGCCCAGUGUACCACGGACUACAAGUCCGGCAAACUGCACAUCGACAUCUGGACUGGCUCCAACUCCGACGGAGGCGACACUCAAAUCGACUGCGAGAACAGCUUGACUCCCGACUCCCAGUCGAUCGUCCUUGACCCGGCGAGCUCGUACACCGUCGACUCCACCGCACUUUUCGCCAACGGCAAGUGCUACACCUCCAACACCUACAGUGGUGCUGUGGCGUCGACCUACUGCUCUUCUUCGGGAUCCGGGAGCAGCUCCGGAUCCAGCUCUAGCUCCAGCUCCGGAUCCAAACCGACCUCGACGGCAAGCUCCGGCUCGUCGUCCUCUUCGUGCUCUUGGUCGGGUCACUGCGCCGGUGCCACCUGCUCCACGGAGAAUGAUUGCUCGGAUGAUCUCACCUGCCAGAACGGCAAGUGUGCGUAACUCGAGUCUGUUUUUGAGUUCUACUGUAACAUCGGUGCGUUGUGCAACGGCUAAAUCCGAGAUUCAAAGAGAGCUUGGCUGGCGGACGAACCGAGAGCGUAACGCAUGUAUAAAUAGACGAAGAAGCUGAUUUGUUGAAUGUAUUGGUCUAUAGAACUGAGAAAUUUCACCACAAUGUAUGGGUAGAAUGAUGUUAGCAUGCCAUGAAGCCGAUUGUAGCUCUCAAAAGUCGAAGCCGUUCGGCAGCGGCCCGAUCCCGAUGACGAUCUGUUUCACAUUUCAGGAGACAGCGGAGGGUGCGAAGUGAUUACACUCCCUCAU